AAAUCUAGCCUUAUUCGUCAGCAUAUUUCACGAAUCUGAUGAUGUUUGACCUGUCAUAAGAUGACGAUUUAUAUAGAUUGAUACAAGUAAAUCGAACAAUACGGGCAUAAAGUUAAGAAAUAUUAGUAAUUUCAAGUAAUUUUUAUAUUGUAACAACAUUAUACAACACUAUAAAAUGGUAUUUUUGACGUGGAUCUUAGGUUAUGCCACAGUUGCUAAAAAACUUCCCAGGAAGUACUUACGAAGUAGAUUCAUCGAUACACUGCGUCUUCAUGUUCGUGCAGGAACAGGAGGAUCCGGUCUACCUCGUUUCGGUGGAAUCGGAGGUGCAGGAGGUAAUAUAUACCUGAUCGCAAAAGAUGGAAUAACACUGGAGAAUGUCGUCAAGAAAGCGAAGACCAAACGGAUCAAAGCUGAGCACGGAAAUGAUAGUAAAGCCAGAGGAAUUAUAGGUACACCUGGUACAAGUAAAAAUAUUGAAGUUCCAUGUGGUAUUACCGUAUACAGCGAGAAUGGAGUAUUGUUAGGAGAAUUAAAUCAAGAAGGUACAAAGCUAUUAGUAGUCAGAGGUGGCAUGGGUGGAUGCGAAGAGACAGGUUUCUGCGGUGUGAAAGGAGAAAGUCAGGUGAUAAAGUUAGAUAUGAAACUGAUUGCUGAUGUUGGACUGGUUGGUUUUCCCAAUGCUGGCAAAAGUACAUUCUUGGCAGCAGUUUCAAAAGCCAAGCCUAAAAUUGCUAGUUAUCCCUUUACUACUAUAAGACCAAGAUUGGGACUCAUGAAGUAUGAAGAUUAUAGACAAAUCAGUGUUGCUGACUUACCAGGUCUAAUUGAGGGUGCACACAUGGAUAUCGGGAUGGGCCACAAAUUCUUGAAGCAUAUCGAAAGAACAAAAUUGCUUCUAUUCAUUGUAGACAUACAAGGUUUUCAAUUAUCACCCAGGCACAUGAGCAGAUCCUGUCUGGAAACUGUGGUCUUAUUAAAUAAGGAAAUUGAACUGUACAAACCAGACUUACUGAAAUUGCCGGCUCUGCUUUUAGUCAAUAAGAUGGAUACUAAAAAUGCUGAUAAUAUCUUUAAAGAAAUUAAAUCAAUGCUAGAGAAUUUAAUCGACUAUGUGUCUACAUGCCCAGAAGAAAUACAGCCUGAACAAGUAGUACAAUUUGAAAACAUUCUGCCUGUGUCUCUACUCUUACGAAAGAAAAUUGAGAUACAGAUGAUCAAAGAACAGAUAAGAAUGAUUUUGGACAAGUACGAACAACAAAAAGAAAUAGCUGAACAACAAUAUCCAGACUUUGACUUGAUGAAGAGAAUAAAACGGCAAAAUAAACAACACACACCGGCUGUCAUAUAAAUAUAUACAAUAAAAACAUUUAAAACCUAACAAGUUCCAUUUAUUUCUAGGUAAAU